AACUCCGUAACCAGGGAAACACCACUUCCGCUGACGUCAUUACGGCGACACGUGGAUCCAAGAUGGCGGCGGCGAUGGAUUGGUUGCCGUGGUCCCUGAUGCUUCUCUCGCUCGCGUGUGAUUCUCACGCCUUCUACGUCCCUGGGGUUGCACCAAUCAACUUCCACCAGAACGACCCUGUAGAAAUCAAGGCUGUGAAGCUCACCAGCUCUCGAACCCAGCUACCUUAUGAAUACUACUCGCUGCCCUUCUGCCAGCCCAGCAAAAUAACCUACAAGGCAGAGAAUCUCGGAGAGGUGCUGAGAGGGGACCGGAUUGUCAACACCCCUUUCCAGGUGCUAAUGAACAGCGAAAAGAAGUGUGAAGUUCUGUGUAGCCAGUCCAACAAGCCAGUGACCCUGACCGUGGAACAGAGCCGGCUUGUGGCCGAGCGGAUCACGGAAGACUACUAUGUCCACCUCAUUGCCGAUAACCUGCCUGUGGCCACCCGGCUGGAGCUCUACUCCAACCGUGAAGGCGAUGACAAGAAGAAGGAAAAGGAUGUGCAGUUUGAGCAUGGCUACCGGCUUGGCUUCACGGAUGUCAACAAGAUCUACCUGCACAAUCACCUCUCGUUCAUCCUUUACUACCACCGGGAGGACCUGGAAGAGGACCAGGAGCACACGUACCGCGUCGUCCGCUUCGAGGUGAUUCCCCAGAGCAUCAGGCUGGAGGACAUCAAAGCAGACGAGAAGAGUUCUUGCACCCUGCCUGAGGGCACCAGCUCCUCGCCCCAGGAAAUUGACCCCACCAAGGAGAAUCAGCUGUACUUCACCUACUCUGUACACUGGGAGGAAAGUGACAUCAAAUGGGCCUCUCGCUGGGACACUUACCUGACCAUGAGUGAUGUGCAAAUCCACUGGUUUUCUAUCAUUAACUCCGUCGUGGUGGUCUUCUUCCUAUCAGGCAUCCUGAGCAUGAUCAUCAUUCGGACCCUCCGGAAGGACAUCGCCAACUAUAACAAGGAGGAUGACAUUGAAGACACCAUGGAAGAGUCUGGGUGGAAGCUGGUUCAUGGUGAUGUCUUCAGGCCCCCCCAGUACCCCAUGAUCCUCAGCUCCCUCCUGGGCUCAGGCAUUCAGCUCUUCUGUAUGAUCCUCAUAGUCAUCUUCGUGGCCAUGCUCGGGAUGCUGUCGCCCUCCAGCCGGGGAGCUCUCAUGACCACGGCCUGCUUCCUCUUCAUGUUCAUGGGGGUGUUUGGUGGAUUUUCUGCUGGCCGUCUGUACCGCACUCUAAAAGGCCAUCGGUGGAAGAAAGGAGCCUUCUGUACGGCAACACUGUACCCUGGUGUGGUUUUUGGCAUCUGCUUCGUUUUGAAUUGCUUCAUCUGGGGAAAGCACUCAUCAGGAGCAGUACCCUUCCCCACCAUGGUGGCCCUGCUGUGCAUGUGGUUCGGGAUCUCCCUGCCCCUUGUCUACCUGGGCUACUACUUCGGCUUCCGCAAGCAGCCAUAUGACAACCCUGUGCGCACCAACCAGAUUCCCCGGCAGAUCCCCGAACAGCGGUGGUACAUGAACCGAUUUGUUGGCAUUCUCAUGGCUGGGAUCCUGCCCUUCGGCGCCAUGUUCAUCGAGCUCUUCUUCAUUUUCAGUGCAAUCUGGGAGAAUCAGUUCUAUUACCUUUUUGGCUUCCUGUUCCUUGUCUUCAUCAUCCUGGUGGUGUCGUGUUCACAAAUCAGCAUCGUCAUGGUGUACUUCCAGCUCUGUGCAGAGGAUUACCGCUGGUGGUGGAGGAAUUUCCUAGUCUCCGGGGGAUCUGCGUUCUACGUCCUUGUCUAUGCCAUCUUUUAUUUUGUUAACAAGCUGGACAUCGUCGAGUUCAUCCCCUCUCUCCUGUACUUUGGCUACACGGCCCUCAUGGUCCUGUCCUUCUGGCUUCUCACGGGCACCAUUGGCUUCUAUGCAGCCUACAUGUUUGUCCGCAAGAUCUACGCUGCUGUGAAGAUAGACUGA